CCAGUAUAUGAAUGAAGCCAUCCCACGAUUUAGACUAUGCCUCUUGGACAGCUGAUAAUCUGGGUUAUGUAGAGGAUACGUAAGCGUGCACAGGCCAAUUUCUUGACUUGCGGAGGAUACACUCAUCGGUGACAUUACACAUUGCAGUUUGUAAGCAGGUUGUUCUGUUCACAAAUCAUAUGAAGAGAUGCAGAAUACGACACCAUUUGGCUCAGUCGAUGACAUCACCAACGCCAACACAUACACAAAUACGUCAUCACUGACGUCCUCUGCGACGUCAUCAUCAAAUAUCACAGGAAAUGUAUCAGAAUAUGGAUAUUUAGAGGACACUGUUAUUUCAUCCGGUCCAGAAAUCGACUCAAUUAACCAAAAAUAUUUUUCUUCCGUUUUACUUCUAUCAUUCAUUUACGCAUGCGUACUUUUAGUUGUAGGUAUUCCUGGAAACAGUUUGGUCGUGUAUGUGUAUGGCUUUAAGAGUAAACGUACUGUUUCACGGACCUUUAUUCUGACUCUGGCUGCACUUGACCUUAUCAAUUGUUCGUUUUCGAUAUCAACAGAACUUUUCCUUUUGUGGAAUUUCUUUAAAUUCGACUACCCCGAACAUUGUAAAAUAAGUCGUUUUAUAACAUCAUUUUGUAAUCACUCCACAACAGUUGUGCUGCUCACUAUAGCCAUUGAUAGGUUUAGGAAGAUUCGUUAUCCACUGAAAAGAACAAUGCGUAAGUCAACGGCAUUAAAAGUGAUAUUUUUCGCGAUGAUUUUUGGAUGUCUGACUGGCAUUCCAUUUGCAUUAUUAUAUGGCACUCACACGGUACCACUAGGAUCAGACGAAAAAGACGCUCAUAAAACUGUGUACCAAGGGAAAACAUGCCUACCACAAGAUGGCGUAGAUAUAGUCUACAAAGAAUUACUGUUGAUAGUUCUUUCCGUUGCGCAUGUCGUGAGUGACAUAAUCCUCGUAGUGCUCUACUCGUGUGUGGGGAAAACUGUCCUGUCUAGUCAUAAUUCAUUUGGUCAUGAUGACACAACGAUAGUUAAUCGUCAUUCGGAAAGGAGAGGGAGUUACGAACUUGGACGACGUAAUACUUCACGUCUAAAUAGCACAUCCUCGGUUCCUGGUAAAUUUAGUCACACAAACACCAUGCUAUUUCUUGUGACACUCGUCUUCAUCGUAUCGUUCGUUCCUUAUUUAGUAUUGGCGUUUCUUAGGACGUUUCAAAUGAAGACUAAACAACCAUCCUCAUUAUCAGCAGCAGUCCAGCACUUUUUCCUGCGAAGUUACUUCCUAAACAGUGCGAUUAAUCCAAUUGUGUACUGUUUUGUGAGCAAACACUUUCGCCAAGAAGCAAUCACUGGUAUUCGCCGGAUGUUUUCUAGGAGAAGAACUUGGUACGACCCUAGACGACCAACUCAAAGACAUUGAUUUUGUACAAAUGUAAUGCACUCAAUGUGUGGGUUGUGUCUUGCAGUUGCUGUCAUUGAAUUGGUUAACUGGUUCGAUUUCAUCAGUAUUUAAAAAGAUGAUACUGCAAAUACAAAUAACUACAAAGAUAUUUCUCUUGUAAGUGGUAGGAGUAAAUUGUUUACGUAAAUACUGAAUGUACGAUUAGUAAAGCUGAGUAUCGAAAAUAA